UGCCGCUGUUGUUGGAAUCCUCUCACACACACAAGGCGAGUCAGCGCUUAAGAUACGGGUUCCAGAACUGAAGAUUCUGCCACAAGGAAGUCACAAUGACUAUCAUUGUUUACAUUACAUCGGUGACUUUUAAGAAAGAGCUCCACACUCAACAAGGUCACAUAGAGACAGUCCUGAAGGCCAAACAACUCCCCUAUCAGCUGAUUGACAUUGCCCAAGAUGCCAGCAAGAAGGAUGAGAUGAGAGAGAAAUGUGGCAAUGACACGGCUGUAGCCCCCCAGAUUUUUAACGAAGAUUUCUACUGUGGGGAUUAUAAAACAUUUCAACAGGCAGUUGAAGAGGAUAGGGUGUUGUCAUUUUUAAAGGUUGCUUAAUUUAGGAAAAGUAUGUUGACCUCAAGUACUGGAAAAGGUGUAUAAACAAAUUAUAUUUUACACACCAUAAAAAUUCAUCCCUGGCUUUCAAUUGAAUCAAAAACAACAAGAAAAAAGAAAUUUUGAAAUAAAAUCAAAAUCAUUUCAUUAUGUAAGACAAAUUUUAAGAAAAUAAAUUUAAAAAUAAAUAAAUGCAAUACUUAUAAUUAAAAUAAUAUGUAAGUCACUUGUUUUGAAGUUUAAAAAAAAAUCCAUUUUCAUCUAAGAGAUCAAAGAUUAAAAAGAUUUUUCGUAAAAAGGGAAUGAAACAAACAUCUGUUCAUUCAUUUAAGUGAAUGCUAUAUCUCUACUCCUGAUGCUUCUGUGAUGCUCAACUGUGUGGGCGUGCUAUGUGUGUGAUUCUGCUGUAUGUCUGGUGCCUACCUAUAUGUACAUAACUUGUUUUUUUUCAGCUUCAUGUAUUUUUUAUACAGAAAAAUGAAAAGAAAAAUUUAUUUAUUUUUGGAAUGUGGGUCACAGGUGCUAUCCUUACUUCAGUGGCUCUAUUAAUUUUUUUUUGGCAUACUGUAACAAUUGAUUUUCUAUAAGGCUUAUAUCUUUGUUUAUGUGAACAGCAGCAACUAUGGAAUAAAAUUAAAUUUCCUUUAAU